ACCGAUGGUUCCAAAAUUUAAUUUGUGACUCCAUCACAAUUAUCGACCAGCAUCGCCUGAAUGCGACCCUGGGCUAUGCUCACAAUGCGCAAGAGAAAAAAAAACUUCUCUCACUCUCCCAAUCCCACUCCCUUCCAAUGGCACCACUCACGAGCCAACCGACUGUUGACAGCGGUUUGAUAGCCGGCCAAAAGAUACUCGGCCGAAGUAGCAAUCCAGAGGCAUGGCCAGGGGGCGGUGACACUCAUGAGGGCAAUAAAUAUGCAAAUACGGCAAAAUCGGGUUUGUUCGUAAACUUAGGGGUAAAUUUCAAGUUCGAGCUUGGCUUGCUAGCUCUCGCCAGUUCAUAAUUGCUCAGAACGUCCAAGCGAGCAGUAAGUGCGCGUCGGGUGUUAAAUUCGUAAGGUCUAGUAGUCCAAAAAUAAAUAAAAAUCUUAAGUUAGUGUGUUAGUGUGUGUAGGUCCAGAGUAAAAGUGGGUAGUUACACCUAUUGUUGUGAACGAUACAGCAACUAUCGUCGAAGCAAAUUAUAAUUGUUCAAGAAAAAGGUAAAAUAUGCUCAUACAAAGAAGAUUGUUAAAAAAAUAACUAAAACUAAUUCCUAAAUAAUACUAAAAUGCGGUUUGAAGAGGAAAAAGUGGCUCAAGUGGCGGAAAACUAAUUGGUGUGGUAGGUCCACAAAGGACCUUUUUCUUUUGUUUAAUCGGCAGCAUUGUCCUGGGUGAGCACGCCAUUCACAUUCACCCUGAGGACAACAAAGGACAGGUGGCCCUCCUAUUCAACCAAGGUGGCCAUUUUGAAACGAAGUGGUAUCCAGAAGGAAGAAAGUGACCUGCACAUACCGCUUCUGUCACGUGCGAGCAAGACCUUAGGACGAACGACCGCAAACCCCUAGGACACCUGUGGUUCGAGUGGUAAUCCAGUUCAGGAACGGUUCCCGGCUGCCAAAGCGGCCUAUUUGAACCGACCAGUUACACCAAUAACACUGGUUUCGCCCCGUCAACCACCCCGUAACCAACCGAUCCGCCUCAGAAACUUCAUCCAGUGUCAGAGAGUGAUUUCCGGCCAAGGGACGGUCAAGGACAUUGGAAGCCUCGGUGACAAUAGGUACAACACCCCUAUUCGUCCGCCGCCGCAAGCUGCUAGCCGUGUUGCAGUCCCACUCCAAGAACAACGCCUGUGUGUCAUCGUUUUCCUACGCCGCACCACACCACUACCACCACCACCACCAUUCGUAAAACCAAAACCGCAAGUAGCAUAUCUAAUGUGACGUCACACUAAACUAGGUUAAGCCAGGGCCCAUAUACAACCCAAUCAAUGUAAAUUAUUAGAAUAUACAAUGUGCACGUAAACUCCGGUUGUUUUAGGAUCAUUCAGAGAGUUGAAGCUCCACUACUAGUUUUGUUGAUUUGUUUCGUAGUUCCGGACUCAAAAGGAGUCUCCAUACCUACCUCACUUUGCGUUCUGUUGCAUAAGUGAAUUGGCAGGGUGGCCUUUGAGCAUACUCACCCUUAAGUAGUUGCUUAGUGAUUGCCACCUAACUAAAGCAUGCUUAUGGAUAUGCUCUUAUAGCAAGUUCCCACUGGAAGCAGAUCGGUGAGUUACGUUGAGAAUUAUGUACCGGUUCCCCCUCAUUCCGACCCUGCAGAUCCCCUUAUUCCGCUGAACAUAGCCGAGGGGGCUACAAAUUGGCGCCCAACAUAAAAUCUAGAAUAACAAAUUUGGUGAAUCGGUUACAAAUAUCUCUUCGUUCCCGUGAGAGGAAGGAAGAAAACAGUUUAGACUGUUUUUAGAGCGUUGCGUUCUCUGAACGGCAAAUAAUUAGGUUCAUUUUUAUAAUUUGCAUGUUUCUUUUUUGAUAAGAUUCCAUCGGGACACCCCCGGUGUGAUCAUUGUUCAUUUAGUUUGUUUUGGUGCAUGUUUACAUUUGUUGUUGGGAUAGUUUUAUAACUUUUUUAUGUUUUUAGGUGCUUUGUUGGAAUUUUCGUGGAAGCAGAAGCUGUUCAGGAGGUAAAGAGUGAGCCCUAGAAUCACAGUGGCUAAUUUUAAACCGUCCUGGAGUCCGAUUAGUCACAAUCGCGACUGAGAAGGGUGAGUACAGGUGGAGAUAAGAGUGAGUCUGGAGAGGGCACAGACGUUGAUCUGGCCGUGAUUCGAGCACCCUUUACUACCUGAACACUGCUGCAACACGAAAAAUCCCAAGCCAUGGAUUCUGAAAUCCAAAUGAAAUAUAAGACGCUACUGGUUCAUCAUUUAGAGAAGGAGGAAGUUGAGUUUGAGCUAGAUGUACGAGCCGUUGCAUUUGAGAAGACUGAAUCUGUAGGAGUUUUAAGGAGGCGUUUGAGGGAAGCAUUGAAGGACAAAGGUGAACAGGUAAAAGUUGAUUUUUCGAAGUGCCAAAAUCGCACGGUCGAUGACGAGAUUAAAGUGAUCGACCACAACGUAGAAGAAAUAAGGGAUUUUCUAGAGAAGAAGAAGAGUUUCGAGGGUGUUAAGGACUCCUUGAGAACUCGCCUAGUGCAUUACUCCGUACGAUGCUCUGCCAUUCAGGAGACGGCGGAGGAGGAUGCGGAUUUAGAGGAUUUAGACAAGCUUUCGAGUACGAUUCGUCAACUGUACAAUACGUACUUCACGCUAUUCACACCUGUUGAAUCCAUUCGUAAAGAAAUUAUGCUUCAGAUUUCGAAUUCAUUAACACAGCUGCAGCUGGCCCAGCCAAGCACAUCUGGUAUGGUGAGGCAGGUUCAAAGUAGGUCUCAAGAAACUCAGACGGAAGACGAUUUAGGUUCACAGGAAGAUGUUAGGUCAAAGCAGUCCAACCUCAGAGGUGCAUUGGGUAGACGACAACUAAAGUCAAAUUUGGAGCCAACUAAGGAACUCUCUCCACAUUCUAGCUUCCCAGCAAUGCUUCAACAGCCUUCGGGGUCAGGAAUGAAUUCCCGUAGAUCGCUAGAAGAAACAGUUUUGAAUCGGAUCGAUUUGUCAGGGAAGAUUCGAAAUCCCACAGGCUUACGAAACUCUUCGGAGAUAGACACGGAUUCUUCCUCGUCGCCAUCUCCUCCAAGCAGACGGAAGUCCAGGCAGCGAAGGUCCUACACAAAGCGAAGUAGACCGGUAUCGGACUGGAAUUUACGUUACGAUGGGAGAGAUGGGGGACAGGGUCUGAUGCGUUUUAUCAAAGAAGUGGAGUUCUAUGCCAAAUCGGAGGACGUUUCCGAAAAGGAGCUUUUCCGUUCCGCAAUCCACUUGUUUGCGGGCGCAGCCAAAAUUUGGUUUAUGGCAGGAGUUGAAAAUGGGGAAUUCUCUACAUGGAAGGACUUAGUCACGGAAAUGAAAAGGGAGUUCCUGAGCCCCGAUCACGACCAUGUCAGUGAGUUCAGGGCUAUUGAGAGGAAACAGAGACCAAAAGAGAAAUUCCAGGAUUUCUUCUUUGAUAUGCAGAAGCUUUUUAACUCACUUACCAAGCCGAUUUCCGAGCGGAAGAAGUUCGAGAUAGUCUUCCGAAAUCUCAGAGCGGACUACAAAGGCUAUGUAGUUGCGGCUAAUAUAGAUAACCUGGCAGAUUUGAAACCUUUUGGUCGAAAACUUGAUGCCACGUUCUGGUACAAGUACGAAAACCGUAAUCAGGAAGAGAACUCUUCGAAAAGCCGGAAUCAGGUUAGUGAGCUGAGGUCGAACUCCAAACCGAAGCCGCCUGGAUCGGUGAAUCGACCCGACAAAACUCGUUCGGAACAGAAACCGAAUAAAACAGAGGAUGAGAAAAUUACGCAAAAGCCAAUACGUGAGGAUCAGCCGGGUGAACAAAGUCAAGCGCAGAACAGUAACGUGGUAGACAAAGGGUUGCAGGCGAUUCUGGAGAAAUACACUCCUCCAAAGCCUGGUGUUUGUUAUAACUGCCGGCUUUCUGGUCACCACCAAGCGGAUUGUGACCGCCCUAAACAUAAAUUUUGUUACAGGUGUGGUUUCUUCAAUUUCGACACGAAGGACUGCCCGUUCUGUGCAAAAAACGCUUAAAUUCCCGCCUGAAGGGGCAGGCGGAGGUAGAAAGCACUCCUAAGUCCCCUGUUUCUCCAGAUUGUAACAUUUGCUCACUCGGUGAAAGACAAGUAGAAGAGGAUGAAUAUAGACACUGCUCCAGUGUAGAGAUCAGUGAGCAUUUUCUCAAAGUUGCAAAUGACGAUAGACCAUUCGUGAGAGUAAACAUUUUGAAUGUGCCCUUAAUCGGCUUGCUCGAUAGUGGAGCGAACCGAAGCAUACUUGGUUCAGGUAGUUCGUCUCUCCUCAAAGCCUGUAGGCUUCGUUUACAGCCAGCAAACAUUGAUAUUAGUACCGCGAGCGGUCAAAAAUUGGACGUUUCGGGAUGUGUGGAGUUGCCCGUGACGUUUAAGGGUGUAACAAAGUUCUUGUCAGCACUCGUGAUCCCCUCC